AUUACAUCCGGUUUCGCGCCUUAUUUCAUGUUGACACAAGUGCAUAGAUUGAUUGACGGUCGCUUUAGUAUGAUUUGCAAGUUUGUUUGUUUAUUUGGCUGAUGUGUACAACUAUCAUCUAGAAUACACAAAUUGUUGAACGCCUUGUCAUUGAUGGAAUAAUGUUGGUAUUAUUUUUCAAUUGCGCUGCGUAUUAAGUAAAAGUACUUUCAUUUUUUUAUAAUAUAUUGUAUGUUUAUUCCCAAUCUGAAGCAUUUAUUGUAUAUGGUUACGAAUAAUAUUCUAUAUAAAUGUGUUUAGACAUAGGAAAGUUCAGUUUAAACUUCGUACAGCAAGCUAUAUAUUUUUGUGUGAAUGACCGUUGAUUGAAUCAACAAUUCUAUUGGCUUUUGUUGCAAAUGACUGUAUAUGUUGAUUAGGAUUAAAGCAAUAAUCUGAUCAAUGAUCGGCAGGUUAGUUCGAGUUGUUUAAUUGACAAUGUUCUUCCUACACUUAUGUAGAACAAGAUUUUCCCUAUCGAUUUCGUAAUCUGAUACAAAUCAUUCUAUAGCAGAAUAGGUUGAAUUUUCGGCUAAAAGAGUUAAUUUUUCUGAAUACGAUCAGAAGUAUAACAGGAAUUUAGCUCAAUUAUUCUACUAUUAAAUUAUUUAGUUUGCUUGCGUGCGCUAAGUGUUAAAGAGUUUUUAAUAAAAAUUCAAAAGCUGAUUUACCUCCUACACAGAUAUAUAGAUCACAAAGCGAUACUAUGGAUAGUUAUGAAAAUCUUGGCCUUGUUGGAGAAGGUUCCUAUGGAAUGGUGCUAAAAUGUAGACAAAAGGAGACAGGUCAAUUGGUUGCUAUAAAAAAAUUUUUAGAAAGUGAAGAUGAUAAGCAAGUGAAGAAGAUAGCUAUGAGAGAGAUUAAAAUGCUAAAGCAACUUCGUCAUGAAAAUCUAGUCAAUUUGAUAGAAGUAUUUCGUAAGAAAAGUCGACUUUUUCUGGUAUUUGAAUUUGUUGACCAUACUGUUCUCGACGAGCUGGAGAAAUAUCCUUCUGGCUUAAAUGAACAAAUAACGAAAGAGGUUCUAUGGCAAGUAAUUAGAGGAAUUGACUUUUGUCACGCCCAUAAUAUUAUACAUAGAGAUGUCAAACCUGAAAAUAUUCUAGUAAGCAAAUUACGCGUGGUUAAGCUAUGCGACUUUGGUUUUGCUCGAACGUUGGCCCUAUCCCCAGGCGAAGCUUAUACGGAUUACGUGGCAACACGAUGGUAUAGGGCGCCAGAAUUAUUGGUUGGCGAUACUAAUUAUGGUAAAGCCGUUGAUAUUUGGGCUAUAGGUUGUUUAUUUAUUGAGAUGCUUACUGGUGAUCCUCUCUUUCCCGGGGAAUCUGAUAUUGAUCAACUAUACCACAUUGUUAAGUGCUUCGGCAAUCUUAUUGCGAGGCACAGAGAUAUAUUUCAUAAAAAUCCCCUCUUCGUUGGUAUGAGAUUACCGAGUGUUAAUGAAGUUGAAAGCCUGGGGAAUCGAUAUCCAAGACUCGAUUCGAUAGCUUUAGAUUUAGUAAAGCAAUGCCUUUGUGUCGACCCGAGUGAGAGACCGACCUGCUCACAACUACUUCGCCAUGGAUUGUUUAUAAAAGAUGAUUUUGCAACAAAGUUCCCUGAAGAAUUAAAGGCUCGGAUCGAAGAAGAAGAGCGCCAGAAUCCUCUACCUCGAAAAAGUAUAAGAAAUAAGUCUGAUGGCGAUCGGAAGAGGAGAGAAGAAGGAGAUAGACCGAGAAGAAAAUUACCCGAUCCCGAAAAAUUAAAGAUCAAAUCUCAUAAUGAAAUAUCGACGACGCCUACGUCAUCUGACCCUAAAAAUGGUCAAAUCAGGUUUAUAAAUGAUUCUUUUGAAUAUUAAUCUUAUUGAAUAGCUACUGUUUAUCGAUUAUUUCAUAUGCCUAUUCUUUUUGUGCAGACAAUAUACGGGUGGUAAUCCGGCUUGGUAAGGGCAAUUCGUUCUUUUAAAAGGCAAAAUAUUCUCAUUAGCUUUGUCACUUUUGUAGGACAAUGGAGAAAACCCCACUUAAGAAAGUUCUACCGCAGGGGAGCAUUUCAAAUAAAUUUAAAAAAACGACCAACAAUAUUCCAUUCUCUCAGUUGCAAAGUAGAAAAAAUACUGUCCAAUUACCUUCCGUUAGGGGAGCCGAAGGUCCAACUCUUUCCAAGCCCACCCCAAUAAAAAACACAACAACAAUUAAGAAACCGUCCAUGAUUGCAUCUGUCCCUCAUAUUGCCAAUAUAGAUCCGUUCCACGACAGUCAGGCGUCUAACGCUGGUGGAGCGUCCAACUUGCCAUCCGUUUGAGCAUUUACCUAAAUGAAAUAGCUAAAAACAAAUCAAAAAAUGCAAUGUUUGUUUUUUUUUUUAAAUUUCAGUAUUAAAAAAAUGAUAUCAAGAAAAUAAAAAGGAAGAGAAAAAGAAGAAAAAGAUCUUAUCUAAAAAAGGGAUAAUUAUUAAGAAUUGUGUAUUGAGAGUUUUCUGUUUUCUUCCUUUUUUAAGAUCUUCUCUUAUGCUAAUCAGUAUUGGCAUUCCUAAUUUGUAUUAUUGUAGCUAUAAACUACUUUAUCACUAUUAAAAACAAUACAAUUUAUACAUUGUUAUUUGUAAUUAUUGAAGAGUAUGUAUUAUUUGUACAUAAAAUUUAUCUUUUUUAUAAGUUACUCUCAAGAGUAGAAGGAAUAGAAGAUAGAAUAUCUCUCUGUCUCUGUCUCUCUCUUGCUCUUUCUUUUCUUUCUUUCAAGGUA